UAGAUCAUUUUUUGCCUCGUUAAGAGUACAUGAGCCCUUGACUCCUUUCGAAUUGGUAGGGAUCGGUUUAUUGAUUUGGGAGCUGGAGAGUUCUUCCCAUCCCGUUCAGUUCUCCUUUUGCUUCACAUUGGAUCAGUCUCGUCAAGACUGGUUCGAUACGAAGCAAACGAGAAUUGAACGGAACAAAGCACAUCUUCUUCUGGUGUAAUCUUCCAUUCACAAGCUAUGAAGUUAACAAUACACCUCUAUUCUCCACCGCUGAUGUUGUUAUUGACCUCUACUCGAUCUUACUUCCAGAAUAUUUUCUGGAGUUCGGUGCAUUGUACUGAUGGAUUAUAUGGUGUUAUUUUAGGUUUGGAUUGGCCAUGGGAGAGUAGGGACUAGGGAUGCUCUUGAAUUUAUCUCCAGGGGUAGUUUUAAUUAUGUUUAUUUGGUUUGUUCAUGAUUUCUCUCAGUUCUGAAACUUAUCAAGUCUUUGUUGUUAUGUAUUGUUUAGCUAACUCUGUGAGAUUUAUGGCUUGUGAUUAAUUUAUGCUACUCACCAUUCCUAUUAUUCUGAUGAUGCAGCCAAUUUAUAAAGCAGAAUCUAUCUGGAUAUUUAUCAUCUUAUCUUGAAGCACUGUAAAAUGAGAUAUAUUUAUGUAUUUCUUUAUUUGUUUUGCUGCUCCGCUCUUAGACCUUUAAUUGGUUCUUACUUUGUACUUGAGAGCUCGGCACUUUUGCUGUGUAAGCUCUAGUUGUAGAUCUUAGUAAGAAUUUGAAGUAGAGUGGCCCGGUCAAUACGACAUCAUAGACAUGUUUUGGCACCAGAAAGUCAUUACUUGGGGAAGUCUCCUACUGUAAAUUUGCACCCAUAAUAUGUCUUUAAGAUUUGUUGUCUCGCUGAACGUUUCUGGUGCAGCUUGAGCGUGCUAAAUCUGAGAGGACCUCUUGUUGAUUUAUGCGGCAUAUAAGUUGGCUUAGACUGGGAAAGGGUAAUAACUUUACAGCUGAAAUUUACCAGGUCGGCCUAAGUGGACAACCAAUCUCAAUAGGAUUAUUGAAUUGAUAGCUUGGAAGGUUGUUGAAUUCCUCUGUAAAAGAAUAUAUAUAUAUAUAUAUAUAUGUUAUUUAAAUAUGUGUAAUCUGCACUAUGUGAUCACAGGGUGUUUUAGGCAUGGAUUAACCGUAGAUUCUAUACAGGGGGACUGUACGUCUGCAGAUAUGUUCAUCUAGGAAAGUCAAAAGUAAUAAGAAAGUUUCAAACCCAGUUUCAUUAUUUUAGGAUAUAUAAUAACACAUUGUUGACAUUUUCUUUGUGUAGUCUCUUUCUGGUAUGUUUUGUUUACUCCUUAGAUCACUGUCCUUGUGAAGUUUCUGCUCCCAGCAGUAUUUUUUAUGGAUACACAACGAUUUCUGACGACCAAAAGGCUUCUACUUUUCCUUGGUGCUGAUUGCUGAAGAAGUUUCCCGGGAUUCUUUUAUGAUUUCUUCCUUCUGCCAAACGUGUUCAUUGGUUAUUCGUCUGCAGAAUAAAGGAACCUCUGUCUUCCUUCUCUAGGUAUCGUGAUGAAUUCAAAGGCACGCGGUUCAGUAUUCCUGGUGGCAGUUUGUUGUCUUCUCCUUCAUUCAGCUGAUUCAAGAACUGAUCCUUCAGAAGUAACUGCUUUACGGGAGAUCAAAAGGAGUCUAACUGAUCCUAUGAGAAAUUUAAGCAACUGGGAAAAGGGUGACCCAUGUAAUUCAAACUGGACUGGCAUAACAUGCUUCGAGAGAUCACAUGAUGAUGGUCACCUUCACGUCCGGGAGCUCCAAUUGAUGAGGCUGAAUUUAUCUGGAGAGCUGGCUCCUGAAGUUGGCCAGUUAUCGUAUCUCGAAAUCCUUAAUGUGAUGUGGAACAACAUAACUGGGAGUAUUCCUUUGGAGAUAGGAAGAAUUUCUUCUUUGAAACUCCUACUGCUGAAUGGGAACAAACUCACGGGUAGUUUACCCCCUGAACUUGGUAACCUUCGAAAUUUAAACAGGCUUCAAGUAGAUGAGAACAACAUAACAGGAUCAGUUCCACUUGCAUUUGGAAACAUGACAAGAAUAAAACAUUUACACUUAAAUAACAACACUUUAAACGGAGAAAUUCCAGUGGAGCUAUCCAAACUGAACAACCUUGCUCACCUGAUACUGGACAAUAAUAACUUGACUGGGUCUUUGCCGCAAGAGUUAGCUCUACUUCCAUCCUUGACCAUACUUCAGAUGGAUAACAACAACUUCGACGGUUCUGAGAUUCCAGAAGCUUAUGGAAGGAUUUCUAGAUUAGUAAGAUUAAGUUUGAGGAACUGUGGACUACAAGGAUCAAUUCCUGAUUUAAGCAGUAUAAAAAAUCUUAGCUAUUUAGAUCUGAGUUGGAACAAGCUCACAGGCAAUAUACCAGAUUCUAAGCUUUCUAACAAUAUGACAACAAUUGAACUAUCUUAUAACAACCUCAAUGGAUCUAUACCAAAAAGUUUCUCGGAGCUGGACUCUCUUCAGUUACUUUCACUUGAGAACAACAGUUUAUCUGGUUCUGUUCCGACAGCAAUAUGGGAGAACAAGUCUUUCGAGAAUAAUAAACUGCAAGUUGAUCUCAGGAACAAUAACUUCUCUGAUGCCACAGGAAACUUGAGAACACCAGACAAUGUUACCCUGUAUCUUCGUGGCAACCCAAUAUGCAAAAGUAGAAGCAUUCCCAGCGUUAAACAACUUUUCCAAUAUAUCUGCGGCGAGAAAAAGCAAACAUCUACCAAAUCAGAACAGACACCAUGCAACAAUGUGUCAUGUCCCUAUGAGAAGGUGCUGGUCUCCCCAGGACUCUGCUUUUGUGCAGCGCCUCUUUUGAUCGAUUAUAGGCUAAAGAGCCGUAGCUUCUUCUUCUUCACUCCAUUUAUUGAACACCAAUUCAUGGAGUAUAUAACCACGUCCCUCCAGUUGGAAAAACAACAAUUUGCAAUUGAUAGAGUUGUUGAUGAGAACAAGCUGCGUCUACGGAUGAACAUAAAGCUAAUUCCCAAAGGCAAAACAAUAUUUAACGUUAGCGAAGUCAUACGUAUCAGGGGAAGGUUUACUUCAUGGACUUUUCCUCGUAAUGACUUUUUUGGACCUUACGAGCUACUAGACUUCCCUCUUGAAGGACCCUAUGCUGAUUUGCUAGCUGGAGAGAGUGGAAUCAGCACGGUUGGAUGGGUGAUGAUAGUUGCAGCCUCUAUCGUUGCUGCCACUGUUAUUUCAGUGAGCGCAACACUUCUAUAUGUUAAGAAACGUCAUGGGAAUCUGCAUGCACUCACCAGAAAACGUGUCUUCAGAUCAAUAUCUCGGGAAAUCGAAGGGGUGAAGAAGUUCAGUUUUAUAGAACUGUCGGAUGCAACUAAUGGUUUUGAUAGUUCUGCAGUGAUCGGUAGAGGUAGCUAUGGAAAAGUCUACAAAGGCAUUUUGCCAAAUAAAACUGUAGUUGCCAUCAAACGAGGAGAAGAAACUUCUCUGCAGAGCGAGAAAGAGUUUCUGAAUGAGAUUGAUCUCCUUUCCAGGUUACAUCACCGGAAUCUUGUGUCACUGGUUGGCUACAGUAGUGACAUCGGGGAACAAAUGCUGGUAUAUGAGUAUAUGCCUAAUGGCAAUGUGCGUGAUUGGCUUUCAGCUAAUGCUAGGGAAACAUUGAGCUUUAACAUGAGGGCACAAGUGGCUUUGGGUUCAGCUAAAGGGAUCCUAUACCUUCACGCUGAAGCAAAUCCACCUGUUAUUCACCGCGAUAUCAAAACCAGCAACAUACUCUUGGACUCUCAGCUUCAUGCUAAAGUGGCUGAUUUUGGAUUGUCACGGUUGGCUCCAGAUUUUGGUGAGGGAGACUGUGAACCGGCCCAUGUAUCAACCGUAGUGAGAGGAACACCGGGAUAUCUGGAUCCAGAGUACUUUAUGACUCGGCAACUAACGGUGAAGAGCGAUGUGUACAGUUUCGGAGUAGUGUUGCUUGAGCUCUUAACUGGAAUGCACCCAUUCUUUGAGGGUACACAUAUUAUCCGUGAGGUGAGGAUGGCAAAUGAAUGUGGAACGGUUCAGUCAAUGGCGGAUAGCCGGAUGGGACAAAGUUCGCCAGAGAAAGUGAUGAAGCUGGCGGAAUUGGCGUUAUGGUGUUGUGAGGAUAGACCAGAGAUGAGACCAUCCAUGUCAAAAGUGGUGAAGGAACUCGAAAGCAUCUGCCAAUCUGGGAAGGAGACCGAUGUGUUCUCAGAAACAACGACGUUACUCUACACCAAAACAUCGUCGUCGUCAUCAUCGUCUCCUAUACCUUCAUCUUUCUCUGGAAGUAACUUGGACAGUGGCUUUCUAGAAGCUGUAAAACCACGUUGACAUAUAUAUCUCUGUUGUGACUUGUGAGAUAGGCUAACUGAUGUUAGUGAAAGAACCCAUGACUAAUGAGAGUUGUGUUAUUUUAGGAAUAUAUUAUGGGGGGAUUUGAAACCGAGUCUGUUGAACUGAUUCCUAACCAUAGUAAGAGUCACAUGCUGAUCUUUUGUUUUUUUUU